UACAUAUAAUUAUUUAUAUAAGAAUACCUACAGAAAAUGCAGUUUCCACUUGACAUUUUACUACCAAUAGCUGGCGCAUUCAUUGUAUUGAAUCGUUUGCCCAGCUGCUGGGCCCGGUCAAUAACGGCGCCCCCAUCGGAUUCCGUGACUGAAUUAGCCUCUUCCGACGGCUUGAGGCUUGAGGCAGCCACUGUAUCCAUGGAUCACGUUCAGCGACGCAGAGAGGUGUCGUGCCAAACCGACUUCACCGAUUUCAAUGUCUUGCACAUGCCCUGCGACGUCGAUCUGCCGAACCUUUCGAAAUAUAUCGAGACCUUGCCCAAUCAAUGCAUUUGCGCCUACAACACGCGCUUUCAUUCCGCAGAGGAAUAUCGCACUUUUAAAAUCUUACAGCUCGAAAGUUUCUUCUUUGGCCAAUAUUCAGAACGUUUCAAACGCUUCGAAAUGGAUCCGCAUCAGUUCGACUACUAAGCGUAAUCCUGCCAACUAACUCAUUAACAAGCCACAAACUGUUAACAAUGAACGGCAAAUGCAAGAGAUCUUUAAGUAAUUAAUUAUUGAUUUACUGCCAUUGAAGUUCGCUUAAAUUGGAAAUUCUAAUUGGCAGCGUAUCGAAAUUGUAUACAUAUCUAUAAGAACAAUAACAAUUUAUACAUUUCUAAUGAAAUAUAAAACAUCUUCGAAAAUAAAGCUGA